AGAUUACCAUGAGAAUGGGUCUCUCUUUGAUUACCUCAACAAGUAUGAGAUUGAUACUGCACGAAUGAUGAAGUUUGCUAUAAGUAUGGCAAAUGGUAUUGUGCAUCUACAUACAGAAAUAACUGGAGUAUUAGGGAAACCAGCUAUCGCACACAGAGAUCUGAAAUCAAAAAAUAUUCUUGUUAAGUCAAACCACACAUGUUGCAUAGCAGAUUUAGGGCUGGCCGUGCGGCAUGAAUCUUACACAGACACCGUUGACAUAUCACACAAUGGUAACAGAGUUGGAACGAAACGCUACAUGGCACCAGAGGUGUUAGAUGAUUCCAUAAAUCAAGCUCACUUCGAAUCAUUCAAGCGUGCAGAUGUAUAUGCUAUGGGGCUGGUGCUUUGGGAGAUAGCACGAAGGUGUAAUGGUUGUGGUAUUGUUGAUGAGUAUCAACUCCCCUACUAUGAUCUGGUUCCCUCAGAUCCCAGCAUUGAAGACAUGAAGAAAGUUGUGUGUGCAGACAAACUCAGACCUUCAGUUCCAAACAGAUGGCAAACAAAUGAGGCCAUGCAAGUUAUGGGUAAAGUUAUGAAAGAAUGCUGGUUUCACAACGGUGCUGCACGCCUCACUGCACUGAGAGUCAAGAAAACUCUUUCCUCGCUAGGGGAAUCAAUGAACCUGAAGAAAUAACAGUGCUUUUAAGGAGCCUAAACAGUGUAUAUAUUAGUCAUAGUGUUUCUAAGGAGUCUUUGUGCAAUUGUGCGAUAUCAUAGCUAUAAUCUCAAUGUGCCAACAAUGAUACAACUGAAAUGACGAUGCAUUCUCCCAAUACAUUACAUUUCUCUUUAAGUUCUAAGUUUGCCCUCUUCAGUUGGUAAACCAAAAUUUUGAUCUUCCAUAUUUUAGAGGCCAAAUGCAGAUAAUCCAAACCUUUACGGUAUCAUUUAUUUUACCAGUUAUGAUUGGAUCCCAAAGAUGAAAACUCCUUACAGUAUACACAGUUCUGUUACUAGGAGGUUAAUGUAUGGUGUGCACAGAGAAUGGAGCACUUGGAGAAUGCGAACAAUGCUCAGAUAGACCAUGAUAUAUUUAUAUAUCUGUAUAUAUUUCAUAUACUCUGAUACAUAAACCUUGUAUCUGACAUUCUCUCACUGAAGUUUUAACACUUCAAUACUUCAGAAGAAUACUCUGAAUAACAGUGCUAGUCAAAGUAGAUAAGCAAUACAGUGUAAAUAUUUUUAAAUAGUACCUGACUACCAAUAGAUACUGGAAAAUUUGAAAUGUCUGUUUAGGUGACAUUUUACUUUUACUUUUCCCAUUUUUCCUGGGUUUAAAAUAUUUCAGGGUUAGGGAUAUAAGUUUGAAAUACCCAGAUGAGGUUCUGGGCAGUGAGAAGUUAACCUCAUUGCUAUUAUUUGCUACAGAAGAGAUACAUGUCAUAUCUGUAGUCAUUUGAAAACCUAGCAUGCCAAGUCUUAACCAGUCAUGUUGUGAUUUUAUAUUUGAUCUUUCUGACCAAAGAGAAACUGUUGUUGCAAAGGGUGCAAUAUGGAAUUGCAAUACAAUUUGUUGAGUGCAAAAAGAGAAAAGUUGCAAUUGAAGAAGUGAAUCAUCCCAAGAGUAACUAUGAACUACCUCGCCACAGUUGUUUCUCAAAACUCAGCCUUUGCAAUAAAAUCAUGAUCUCAUUCGAAAGUGGAAAUUUGAUUUAUUUUCUUGAAAAACGAUAAGAAGAAUUCUUCAUGUGAUGUGCAUUUUCAUGAUAGGUUAAUGACUAGAGGAAAGCCAUCAGAUUUACAGAUAUUUAAGAACUAUUGAAUUAUUGAAAAAGUUCCUCUCACUGUCAAAUAUUGCAGCAUUAGUACAUUGCAGUGUUAGCGCAUUGCAGCAUUGCAGUGUGGUGGUGCUCGGAAAGCCUGCUCCCAACAUUUAAAUUCUGUAAAAUUAG